ACAAUGAAACAAUUGCUCCAAAUGCGUCCAUGACGAUCCAGGGGCCCGAAACACGGCCCGUCCACGGGCACAGCCUGCGGCUUUUCUUGCCGAGCUGCUGCCCCGCCGCUGACUGCUGCGGCGGCACCGCUGGCAGCUGGAGCCUGCAGGGGUUCUUGAGGGAGCAUUGUGACGGGGCGGACCUGUACCUGCCCCCUGCGGACGACAGCCGGGCUCCGUCUUCGCUGCUUCCGUCCCCACUCGUGACCGGUGGAACCCCGGCGCGACGCCAGCCCCGCUCCACGCCGGAUGCAGCUCCGGGGUCUGCAGGUCGGCAGACUCGGGAAGCGGCUUGUCCUUGGCCGUGCGCACCGGGGCGCAUCGUGCCUGUGACAUGGGAAUGCCGAGAGGAUACCAGCUGUGAACCCCAGUCGCAGCCACAGUCGCAACAGUCGCAGAAGCAGCAGAAGCAGCAGGAGCAGCAGGAGCGGCAGGAGCCGCAGGAGCGGCAGGAGCGGCAGGAGCGGCAGGAGCGGCAGGAGCGGCAAGAGCGGCAAGAGCGGCGGCAGGCCCCGGAAGUGCUGUUGCAAGGCGGUGCGCAGGUGUGGUGGCGGGGCAGGGCCAUGUGCGUGCCGCGACACGCCUCGUGCCUUUCGCUGACAGCAACCCCACCUCCAACACCUGGCACACCGCCACUGGAGGCAGUAGCAGCAGCAGCAGCAGCAGCAGCAGCAGCAGCAGCGCCGGCAGCAGCAGCAGCAGCAGCAACAGCAACAGCAGCAACAGCCAGCCGGGGCAGCGGCAAGGGGGCGCGCCCGAGGCAGGAGGCGAAGCAUGGGGAGCAGGCGGCGGCGGCGGCUGCCGGCACACACGGGCCGCCCGGCAGCUCCAUGUCGCAUGUGCGGCUGCAGGUCUUCCUGUACGACGUGGCGGCGUGGCGGCAGGUGGCGGCGGCAGAGGAAGGACUGGCGGCUAAUGAUGGUGGUGGUGGUGAUGGUGACACAGCCGUGCAGGCGGCGGGAGCAGCGGCUGCUGGCCAGGGCGCAUCGCCGCUGCCUCUGCCUCUGCAGCCGCCGCUGCCGCUGCCGUUGCGGCUGGCGCUGCGGCCGGCAGCGAACCCCUUUACGCGGCGCCACGCCUUCAACCCUGGCGCCAGCGGCAGUGAUGGUGACAGCAGGAGAGACGUACGUGGCGCGGGGCGCCGCGCAGCGGCGGUAGCAUCACCACCAGCCGCGGCGGCGGUAGCAGGCAGGAGCAGUGGGAAGCGGCAGGAGGCUUCUGCCGCCGCCGCCGCUGCGAUGCCAGCGGCGCCCGGCGGUGCGGACGGUGCACAGCGCCCGUUGCUGCUGCACCCCCUGCUACUGCGGGAGGCGGCGGCGGCCGGAGUGCAGGCGGUGUUGGGCCAGUCGGCAGUGUGUGGCCACGCCCGCCACAUCACGCAAUGCGUGGCGGCGCUACGGCACCUGCACGCAUACCACCUCGGCCGCGGCAGCGGCGGCCGCCGGGGCAGCCCCGCCAGCGAGGGCGCCGCUCAUGACCGCGGCCGCAGCCAAGGCCGCAGCGGCCCGGCCCAGUCGGCGACGGCGCUGCGCCCGCGCGGCUCCAAAGUCUUGGCCGCAUCCGCUGCCCCUGCCGCACCGGCGGUGGCGGCCGCUCAUGCCGGCGGUCCUGGCGGCGGCGGCAGCGGCGGCGGCGGCAGCGGUGGUGGUUUGAGAGGAUUGGUGCGUGCGCGCCAGAGCGGCGGUGCGGCGCUGGCGGCGUGUGUUGUGCUAUCGCUGUUGGUGCAGCUGGCGGCGGGGCCGGUGGUGGCGGCGGCGGCAUGGCGGCACCGGGCCGCGCUGGCGGAGGCGGUGGAGGCGGCCGCGGCGGGCGUAGAGCGGCUGCUGCGUGAGCGUUACGACUGGCUGGCUACUGCCACCCCCGCCGGCGUGAAGCUGCACGGAGAGCUGUGUGCGCUGGCGGCGGCGGCGGCGCACGCCCUGCUGGGCCUCGGCGGCGCGGCCGCGCGCGCGAUCUGGCCCCGGUGCUGGCACGCGGCGGCGGCCGCCCUGGCGGCGGCGUUUGGAGUGGCAGGCCUUGGCGGCGGCUUGGCGCUGCUUCACGACCUGCUACUGCUGACCGCGGCCGGGCCGCUGUGGCUGCAGGCGGCUGCUACUGCCGCGCUGCUGCGCCGACACGCCGCCUGGCUGGCCGCCGCCUGGGCCAUGGUGCGCGGCGGCGGCGAGGCCACUGCUGCCGCGCGGCGGCGGCGCCAGCUGCGGCAGCAGGCGGCGCAGCAGCGGCGGGCGCUGGGCCAAGGGGGCGGCGCCGGGGGUACAGCUGCUGCGGCUGCGGCGGCGGCGGCGGCGAUCAGCGUGUCUUGUGAUGGCCCUGCUACUGCUACUGCUACUGCUGCUGCCAGUGCGGGUGGCGGUGUGCCCAUCAGCCGGCUGGAGACGUUGCUGGGGCUGGCGCCUGACCCGGGGGCUCGUGACGAGGUGGUUGUGGAGCCGCUCAUUGUGGGCGUGCUGCUGUUUGUGCCGCUGCUGGCGCUGCUGCCCACCGUGGCGGCCUGGCACCUGCUGGCGGCGGCGGCGGCGGCGCUGGCGGCGGCGGUGAGGGCGGCGCUGGCGGUGGCGGCGGGGCUGCUGCGGCUGAGCCCAGUGACAGUGCUGGGCUGGCGGCUGGCGCGGCCGCUGGACUUUGCAGGUGUGGACGUGAUGCUGCAGCACCUGCCGCCGCGCCCCGCCUGCCGUCACUCACUGGCCGACCACCCGCCGCGCUCCAUGCCCGGUGGUCCCGGCACCGUCGCCCACCUGGCUCCGCAGCCCCUAGCCGCAACAUCCAACACGCCGGCCGAGUGGCGGCGGCGCAAAAACCAGCUGAAGACGCGCCAACAGGAGGCACAAGCCCAGGCGAGCGACUGGAAGGCGAGCGAGCAGCCCCCAGGGAGUCGGCGACGCGGACCAGACAAUGGCGGUGCGGUGUCAGCCGGCGACGCUGCAGGCCGUGGUUCCACCGCUGUUGCUGCCACCGGUGUAGCUGACUGCGCCGGCGUCGGGGGCGGCGCUGGCAGCUGCGCACUGCCUGGCCCCUUGUGCUUUGGUGUCACGCCCCUGCCGCGCCCGGCGGGGCAGGUGGUGGCGCAGAGCUUGUGGGAGGGCGUGGCCGGCGGCUGGUGUGACGGCGGAGCGUUUGGGCCGGUGGUCGUGAUGGCGGAUGCCGCGCGCCUACUGGCGGCGCGCCGGCAUUGAACAUGCGGUUGCGGGUGAUGAGGUUUGGGGGCGGGAAGUGUGGGGAGGGCGGGAGGCGGUUGGGGAGGGGGGAACGAGGGCCCGGAGGAGGCUGGCGUCGUGGGCUGGCGUGGCAAAAGGGGUUUGCCCGGGCUUUUCCAGCGCGUGGUGCCUUCUACGCCCAGCAUAAGAAGCUGUGCUCUUCAUGUAAUAUAAACUGCAU